AUGGCCCCUCUCGUGCCCAUUUUCUCCGCUGAAUCCCUCCCCGAUCAUGUCAACACCGUCCGCCGCAAUUUCCAAGACAAACGCCGUAAAGGGGAAUCAAUCGAGCUGAAGCAAUGCCCAUUGUUUGAAAUGACCCAGUUCUCCUGCAAUCCACCCCAAGAUGGGAUUCCUGAGCCAGGAGUUGUGGUUUGCAAGCCUGUGGUGCGGUUGUUCCGACGCUGUGCUGGUGGUUUGACAGUCGAAACAACAUCAUGGGAGCCACUGAGGCUGGUCGAAGAAGCGAAACAAAAGCAAGCAGUUACGAAACAGUGA